UUCUAUGUAUGCCUCCCUCCGGUCAGUGCGAACUUCUCCUCUGCGUACUAUACCGGCUAGUUUUGUCAGCUAACGGGGGUGGCCAGAGCCUAGGACGAUAGCCCGAUACUCGUCGACGAUGGACACCGAUAGCGGUGGCAUUGCGCCGGCGCCGCACGGGCGGGUCUCCAGCCGCGCCUCGUCAGCGCUGGCGGCCCUGAGCGUCCUCGUCGUGCUGCUCUACCUCGUGUGGCGCUUCAUCUGGCAGUGCAGGAAGCACGGAACCAGAAGCAACGCCACCGGCGGCGCUACCGCUCCUCCAGCCACCUCGUCCGCUCGGCCGCUGUCUUGCCCGUCUCGGGACGCGACGGCGGCCUACGGACCGCCUCGCGCAACGACGGCAUCGCCGCUCUCGCUCUCGGUGCCCGUGCCCGUGGCCACGGUACGCAGCGGCGCGGACGGCAAGGUCGAGUGCGCGGUGUGCCUUGCGGAGGCCGGGGACGGCGAGGCCGCUACGCGGCUCGUGCUGGGCUGCGGCCACGGGUUCCACGCGGAGUGCAUCCAGGCGUGGUUGCGAGUGAGCACGACGUGCCCGCUCUGCCGCGCCGCCGCACCGCAGAGUGUUCCACGGUACGACAGCAGCGUGUGACAGUGCCUAGCACGGUUCUUUCCCCCGUGUGGCAGACUGGCAACGACGCGACGCGUUGCGUUGCGAAUUGUAGAUUAAUUUCGGUUAUGGGGGUAUCACAUAUUCACAUUUAAAGCCGGUUAAUGAGCUUUCUUGAAUC